AUGAACAGUGAUGUGAUAUAUCUUGCUCAAGCUGGCUUCAUGCCUGGAAGAAACAUAUCUGAUAAUAUCCUGCUGGCUACUGAACUCAUUAAAGGCUACAAAACAAAGUAUAUCUCUCCAAGAUGUAUGAUGAAAGUGGACGUCAAGAAAGCUUAUGACUCUAUUAAGUGGCCUUUUUUGAAUAUGAUGAUGAAUGAACUUGGUUUUCCCUCCAAAUUCACUGGUUGGGUUAUGGCCUAUGUCUCUUCUGUAUCAUUUUCUAUAUUGAUAAAUGGUACCCCUUAUAUCCUUAAGCAUAAUCCAGAUUUCAAUUUCCACCCAAGAUGUGAGAAGCUUCAUAUUACUCACUUGAUGUUUGCUGGUGAUCUUCUAAUGUUUCCUAUAGCAGAUCAUAGUUCCCUUCAACUAGUAUUUGAAGCUUUUAGUAAAUUUUCUCAUGCUUCAGGCCUUGUGGCAAAUCUGGAAAAGAGUAAUUUGUACAGUGCAGGUGUUACAGAGGAAGAGAAGAGUGGUUUGCAGCUUAUUGUUCAGAUGCCAAUGGGAUCUUUCCCAUUUAAGUACCUAGGAGUUCCUCUUACAACUAGGAAACUCUUUUAUUAG